AUGGUUUUUCAUAGAGGGUUGUCGUUGCUAACGAAUAAAUCAUGCUUGAGGGGAAAUGCCCUCUUUCAGCAGAAACGUGGCUAUAUACCGAAGAGCUACUAUUUUCCCUUUGCUGCUCGUGUUGAUGAUGACGAAUACCUGAUGCCUCCCUCUUCUGACCGUCCUCUCUACAGAAAUCUGUUUGAUCAAGCCGAUGACCCUAAAUUGUUUGAAAUUGAAAAGAAGCACGCCCCGAAGCACGUGGAUGUCAAGCCGACGGAUGACAUUGCUGAGUACCCAAUGUCCGUCGUAGAUCCUCAUCGAAUGGAAUGGGCUCACAUUUCUCCAGAAGCCUUUUACUAUCAGUAUUUUGACAACACAUUUCCACGAACGCCCGAUUUGUCGAAGGGUGAGCUUGCGGUGGGGGCGCAAGUGACGAGAACCUCAAUAUGGCACACGCCCAAUGAACCAGCGAUUCAAUCAAUAGCGCGAUUUGAGCCCUCCAAUUUUCAGCCUGUUGGAUAUGCUGAGAACAACUACACUCCGGAACAAUCUCCACCAGAAUAUUAUCAUGGAAUUGAGGAGACCCCGAUUGCAACCAGGCGUCAUUGCAUAUGGUGUCGUCACAAUCAGACAUAUACUCUACUGGAUCUGCCAUCAAUAUAUGACGGUGGAGGUGAGUGGACCAGCAAGAGUUUGCAGCAUGGACUAGUGAGCAUUCCAACAUCCUAUUCAUGUGUUCAUCAGCCCGGAAUGCAGUGGCCGAAGCCCGUCGAAGUGAAGUUCAAGCAUCUUCGGCCAGGGGAGCAAAUGACUGUUCUGGCUGGUGGAAAUCAGGCGUUCAUUCGCCAUCGCACAGACUCUGAAAUCCGGUCUGCUCGUUCGGAUGAUGCGAGAGUUGAUGACUUGCGCGACCCAGAAUUGGACGCUGAUCGAUGUCCAGAUCCGGAGUGGCUCAUCUGCAGCGCGUCAUGCACACAUCUCGGAUGCACUCCACACAGAGGAGGCGCCUAUGGAGGAUGGCUAUGUCCAUGUCAUGGAUCGCACUACGAUACAUCAGGGCGGAUUCGCGCUGGUCCUGCACCAAAAAACCUUCCAAUUAUAAGAUCUGAGCCGAUCGACGAAGAAACAGUUCUACUUGGUGAACUGGUUCCAACAGAAAGACGAUGGACGUGA